UAGUAUGUAUUUUGACGUUCGAGUGUAAACGUUAUAUUUCAUGGCGGAUUUCGCCAAGCAAACUGAGCGACAACCAAGACAGAUGGAAACAGAACAUACAGUUCCAGUGUCGGCAAAUGGCACGCCACUACAUGGCCAGCCCAUCCAGAUUGUGAUCACCGGGGAGGAUCACCAGUUUGAGCUCGACGAGACAAAACUGGAGGAGAUUCUAUUGAGCCCCCUUAUACAGGACAAGAAGGUGGUCGUAAUCUCUGUGGCUGGGGCCUUCAGGAAGGGCAAGUCAUUCCUUCUAGAUUUCUUCCUCAGAUACAUGAAUGCAAAGGGUCAUCCAGACUGGCUGGGUGGAGACGAAGCCCCCUUGACUGGAUUCUCAUGGCGGGGUGGUUCAGAAAGGGAAACAACUGGCAUACUCAUGUGGAGUGAACCCUUUAUAUGCAAAAUACCAUCAGGGGAGGAGGUGGCAGUGCUGUUGAUGGACACACAGGGUGCGUUUGACAGUGAGUCAACAGUACGGGACUGUGCUACAGUUUUUGCUUUGAGCACUAUGCUCAGUUCUGUCCAGGUCUUCAACUUAACACAGAAUAUCCAGGAAGAUGACUUACAACACUUACAGUUAUUUACAGAGUAUGGAAGGUUAGCCCUCGAGGCCAAUGACAAUGUCUCCAAACCAUUCCAGAAUUUGGAGUUCCUGGUGCGAGACUGGAGUUUCCCAUAUGAAGCACCCUACGGAGCAGCAGGAGGACGUAAGAUCUUGGAGCGUCGACUCCAGGUGUCCGACCGACAACAUCCGGAGCUUCAGCAGCUGCGCCUACAUAUUAAGUCCUGCUUCACCAGUAUUGGCAGCUUCCUUAUGCCCCACCCAGGACUCGGGGUCGCUACCAAUCCCAUGUUUGACGGCAAACUCAAAGACAUAGAGAAAGAUUUUAAGGAACAGUUGAAAAUUUUAGUGCCAUUACUUCUUGAUGAUGAAAACCUGGUUGUGAAGGAGAUCAACGGAUGUAAAAUAACAUGUCGGGAACUAGUUGAAUACUUCAAGGCUUACAUCAAGAUUUACCAAGGAGAGGAACUACCAGAACCCAAGUCCAUGUUACAGGCAACAGCAGAAGCCAACAACCUAGCAGCAGUGUCCAGUUCCAAGAGUCUCUAUCAGAAGGAAAUGGAAAUUAUUUGUGGUGGAGAUAAGCCCUUCCUACACCCUGAUACCCUACAGAGAGACCAUCAACGCUGCCUUGAGAAAGCAAUGUCAACAUUCAAUUCUACACGGAAAAUGGGUGGACCUGAGUUCAGCAAGGUCUAUGGAGAACAGAUGGAGAAAGAGUUACUGGAAAUGUAUGACAAUUACAAGAAACAUAACGAUGGAAAAAAUAUUUUCAGUUCCGCCCGGACACCCGCCGUGCUGUUCACGGUCAUGGCUAUGGCGUAUGUGUUUUCAGGAGUGUUUGCCCUGGUGGGACUAGAUUACUUUGCCAGCCUAAUGAACUUAGUGUUGUUUGUAUUCCUAAUGUUACUGUGUACCUGGAUGUAUGUGCGUUACAGCGGCGAACAGAGGAUGAUAGGAGAACAUAUAGACUUUAUUGCUGAGGUCAUCUGGGACAAGGCCCUUGCACAAGUCUACACAAAAGUGUUGGAGCAGGGAGUGAAACAAGCCGUACAGCAAACAACACGACCAAAACAGGAAUAACAGCAUCCAUCUUGUGUUCAGUUCUGUGGGACUACGACACAGAGCUAGACGAAGCUCUCGGUUACAUUUCCAGAAACGUUGGCAAGCAGAGUAUAAGAUAUAUUGCCCUAAGAUUUCAGAUAUACAGGUCAGAGGCCUGCUACUAAAACCAGGAGGACAAAAAUAGGGUAAACAUUUUCUGUAGGGCUCUGAUAAAGUACCUGUUGAUGUUGUUUCUAAAUUUUAUAUAGUUUAUGACCUUCAGAAUUAUAUAAUAAAACUUUAGUCCUGUGCCAGUUAACUUAUUCAUAUUAAUAACUUUAUAUAUUAUUAUAGGACUAGGGUUUCUUUUUACCUGUUAUUUUUCACAGAUAAGUAACAAUCCUCUGAUUUUCCAAAUACAACAUUGUGAUUUAUUAUGAAAUUUUAGUUAUUUUCUCACCACUAUGACAUAAUAAAGAAAUCAAUACUUUAUUAUUAUGUUCUCUAUAAAUAACAUGGCAGAAAAUAUCUAAUAUCCCACUUUUAACAUUAAAACAUUGAUGGUUAUCUAAUUUUAAUCCAUUUAGUAAUAUAAUUCCGACUAUAGAAAUACAUGUUUUACAACGUGCUUUUUUCUCAAAGAAAAAAUUAAACAAUGAUGAUUAACUGUAGAAAUACAGGUUUUACAAAGUGCUUUUUCUCAAGGAAAGAAUACCAAGUAGUUAACAAUUAUAAUGAUUAACUUUAGAAAUACAGGUUUUACAAAGUGCUUUUUCUCAAGGAAAUAAUUGGUUUGAUUUAGCUAAAAUGCAGGCAUGCUAUGAUAAGUACAUUUGACAGUGGUGAAGAGAUGUAUUCCAUCGCUAAAUGUUAGACAGGUAUUAAAAAUUCCAUUGAUUUUGAAUUGAAUCUGAUUAUCUUCUCUGUUAAGUCAGUUACUGACGUUUUCUAGGACUUCGUCUGAGCCCUAUUUCAGAAAUACAAUAUGUAGGUGCAAUAGAGGGUAGACAUACAUCUGUUACAUGUAACUUUGUUUGGGUCCAACUUUUACUCAAGAUUUCAAUAAAGUUGAUAGUGUCAAGCUCUAAUAGAUGUACAGAUGUCGUCAGAAGUGAAGAAUAUUUUGUUAAAACAAUGCCAGUUACAAUAAGGAUUUUAUAUUGUGAGUAGUAGGCAGAACAAGGGAAAUGAAAUCAACACUGCAUGACCUCAUUGUUUUGCUCAAUCUUGGAGCACCCUGUACAGAGGUGUAGAUAUUUGAUAUACAUACAAGAUGAAAUUUGAUAUGCAAGUGCUCAGUGGUAUCGGGAUGUAACAAUGUGUGAAUACAAUUGUAUUGAUAUUAUAGUGUUUUCUUUUUGAAGAUUUAGAAUUUUCAACUAUUACCAUUCCAAGACUGAUUGUCUGAGAAACCAUUGUUCUGAAUGUUUGUAUUCUUUCCAAAUUAUCGCUGACCUCUAUCUGACCUGAUUUUGAAGAAUUUUUUUGUGUUAAGUUUGGAACCUUUUUGUGAAUCUUUUUGAAAGACAACUGUUUUUCAAAUGCAAUAUCAUAUCGCAUUAUCAAGCCUUUGAUAUUUAUUCUACAGGGACAUUUUCAUCGCAGUUUAUCUUUUGGCUUUAUUGCCUUCCGCAAGGAGGCUGCAAUAAACAUAUUGUUGUCAAAUGUGAAAGGCGAAUAUGGAAUGGAAUUUACUGGCAUAGGUCGAAAUUUUGACAGGACAAAAUUUCCCAGUAUACAUUAUCCCAUUUACUUCAACGGUAAGGUUCAGUUGAAUAUUCAGUUCAAUAACGGGUAUCACCAAAAUAACAAAAUCCAAAAUUGAAUAACUGAAAUUUUCCCAUUACCAUUAGUAACAGGGGUAUAAGGAUAAAGGCUAUCAUUUACUUGAUUUUGUGAGAUGGUCUGUUUUUUAGAGUUUCUUCAUGAAAGGAGUGGCAUUAAGAUUUUUUUUCAAAAUACAUGCUGUUUUUCAUCAGAUAACAUGUCCAAUUUCAUGAAUUUCAUUUUUUCCAUCUAUGACUCGGUCAAAGACUAUCAUAUCCAAAGCAACUAAGUGUAUAUCUCACAGCUUCAAAUUAACAUUUAAAGUAUAAAACAGGUUUUACAAAAUUGUAUCUAUUUUUAUACCAUUCUUUUAGAUUUUGUUUUGUCAGUACCAUGACAAGUCCUCUUUGCUUGCUCUAGAUUAAUCACUUUUCAUGAUCAAAAUUUUACCUGUGAAUUAUUGUUAAAUUUCAAGAUUUUAUUUAAGUUUAGGAUAUUUAUAAUUUAGAAUAUAGUAUAUAAACAUAUAGCUGUAGAAAAGAUGGCAGUUUUAAACAGUAUUAUUCAAACAAAAGGUACCUUUCCUUUUAUUGUUUUAUAUAUUAGAUAAUAUCAUAUAAAAUAUGAUUGAAAUUUAAACGGUAUACAGAACUACAUAUAUAAAUGAUUCAUUUGUAAUUUUGUUAAACAAUUCAAAUUUGAUUAAUUAUUUUAGUUUAAAUUAUUUGAAUUAUUCCAGUUAUCUAUUAUUUUGUUAACGAAAUCAGUUUCAGUAUAAAAUAAGAGUUUAGAAUUGUUAACAAGGUAUAUUGGAAUAUCAUUGUUUUUCUUAUAACGCAAAACAAGGAGUAGUUUUCAAAUCUUAGUUUGAUAUGUAUUUCAUAUUAUGGGAUGUACCAGGCAGUUUGAUGUUUGUGUGUAAAGAUCAAAUCUUAACAGCGAUAUAUUGAAAAAAAGAAAGACAUGUGUAUCACUUUACCAAAUCCAAAUUUAGUGCGACCGUUUUCACUCAAAAGACUUACCGGUAAACAGAUUAAAGAAAGAUGAUAUUGUUCAUGCAGACAUUAUGAUUUCCAGACAAAUCUCUGAAAAUAAUGAAUUUUCUAAGAUACUCAAUACUGAAAUAAGAAUUUUCACUUUCAAGUAAUAGACUAGUACUGUAACUGUGGGACUACAUCCUUUGUUUGCAAAUCCUGAAAUUUGCAUGUCAACGUCAUUGCAAUCACAAUAUAUUCAACAUCAAUGUAUAUUGUAAUGUAAGGCAGAGUGACAGGUACUUUCAGGAUUUACUAACGAAUGUUACUGUCCCACAGUUUAAGUAAAAAAGUUUCCUAGGUUUCAAAUACAUAGACAAUGUCUUAAUUUAAGAGGUCUAGCUGUAUCACAAACUUCUAAUCAUUUUUAAAAAAUAUAUUAAAAAAAAAUCUGUACAAUUCUGGUUGAAGAUUUUCUUGUAUUGCACGACUUUAGAUGUAUAUAUCACAAAUUUCACCUUUAUCACUUUAACAUUACAGGUCUUAUUAAGGAAAUAAGAAAUACAAAUAUUUAUAGAUUUGUCUGAAAGGUAAACUUGUUUAUCACUGAAUAUGAUUAUAUGUCAGAUAUCUUUUGCCUUAAGUACUGCAAAAUAUAUAAAACACUGAACUUGUGAUUCUGUAGAAGCCUUAUGAGCCUGGGCACCUUACGUUACCGCAAGAGCCACCUUACGUUACCGCGAGAACCACCUUACUACUAGAGAAUUUACUUUUGAUUACAGCAGAUAGUUUGCAGAAUUAUUAAGUAUUUUUGAGAUAGCAAAGUACAAGGUGUAGUUUUAAUUGCGAAAUGCUUUGUGCAAACAUUAGAUAGCAGGGAUAUACACAAUAGAAACAGCAGUGCCUUACUAUACCAUCAGCAGUAAUACAAUGUACAUCCUACCAUGGUGUUUCCUCUUUAUAUUUUGUAUCAUCAUGUCCAGGUUUUUUUCUGUUUAUCAUAUCAUUUGUGUAUCAAACUGUUCAAAUUUUCAUGUGUAUAUUGAUCUUUUUUUUUUCUUUUUUUUUUUGUAAAUUGUGUCGAAAUAUUUAACUUGUACUAUUGAUGUUAUAAUAUUUAUUGUGAAGUGAUGAACAUUUACUGCGUUAAUUUGUUCAGGACAACACUUCUGUACAGCAAUGAUAAAUCAACAUACAGGGUCUCACACAUAUUUGAUACUGUUUGCACCUAACCUUGUCCUGAUUAUAUUAUCAGUUAUCUCCCCUUGUAAUCAAUGUUGGGAUAGUCUGACAGACAAGGGGGCUUAGAAUAUCUUGAUAAAUGCUAACAAAUGAGCAUGACUGGCCUUUUUCUAACUUUGUUACUACCAGUUAUGUUUAUUUACCCAGAAAUUACUGUCAUGAAACAGAAAUAGUUGACACUACAGUAAAUCAGACUAUUUACAUGCAAGUUAGUUCAUUUGUUCAGAAGUAAAAAUAAUCUCAGGUUUGUUUUUGGCAUCCUUUCCUUACAACAAAGUAAGUUGCGGUCAUAUUGAGAUUAUUAGUGGCAGUUAAAGCAUUUGGAACAGUACCUCUUCAAAAUGUGUUCUAGAAAAACAAAAAAGGAUGUUCCUGACACAACAAUCAAAAAUAUACCAAAUUAAAGCCAAAAGUAGAGGUUUAUAUUCCAACAACUGCAUUUGUAGGUAACCAAUUUAUUGAGUAUGACAUACACAAUACUUUUCAUAGAUUUAGAUUUAAAUUUUACUGUUACCAGUAAUGUUUCUAUUUCAUGACAGCAGGGCUAACUACUCAUUGGUUGAUGUAAUUAUUACUAAAUCACUCACCGAUGUUAACUAAUAACGUUUUGUCAUUGUUGGAUAACAACAGAUAGAUAAUGGUGCAGAUCAUCACUCACCGACGUUAACUUAUAACGUUUUAUCAGUGUUGGAUAACAACAGAUAGAUAAUGGUGCAGAUCAUCACUCACGGACGUUGAUAACAACGGAUAGAUAAUGGUGCA